CUACGGAGAUGGCGCCGGUACGUUGCUAUGCUGUUGCCUCUGCUGCAUUCAGCGUGCAUUGACAACGGACUCCGCUGAGAAAGUCAGAGACGCUAUUCGGAAAUCCGGAAUACACUCCCCCCCCCAACAUUUAUGUCGCUCAUACCCUCUCAUUUACAAAUCAAAGGAAUUGUAAAUAUCAUUCACUCGGUCUGAGAUGCCUGCUGGUUCGCUGUAGCCAAUGGUUGCUGUAUCUUGUCUGUGGAUUAUUCGUCGCCGAGCAAGUCGCGGAUUCAAACUAGUAAAGGGCCCGCAGACAGUUGAAUGUAUGAAGCUGAAGGAUCGGAGUGAUAAAAAUGAGGUUUUGUCGGAGUUCCCAGCGGGUGAACUGAACUUGGAUUUUCAGUCCCUCACCCUAAACUCAUUUCCCGUUGUAAGAAAACCAUAUUCCUUAACUGGACGCCUCUGGAACUGUUUAUGACGGUCCAAUGAUGUCGUUUUUAUCUCCAAAUCAAAUCAUUUCUGGGUAGCAAUACCCUGGUUGGACCGUAAUGACCGCACGCUUCCAGUUGCCUGCUGGCAGAUCUUACAAUGUCCGGGCGUCGGAGCUGGCACGCGACAGGCAGCACACUGAGGUUGGCUGCAACAUUCUUCUAUUGGACAACACUGUCCAAUCCUUCAAAGUUAAUAAGCACAACCAGGGUCAGGUCUUACUGGAGGAAGUGUUUAAACACCUGGAGCUGACAGAGAGGGAUUACUUCGGCCUGCAUCUGUCCGACGACUCCUCUGACAGCCCGGUAGGUGCCAAGAGAUGGCUGGAUCCAAACAAACCCAUCAGGAAGCAACUUAAACGGGGAUCGCCUCAUAAUCUGAGCUUCAGAGUGAAGUUCUUUGUGACCGACCCUAAUAAACUUCAGGAAGAGUACACUAGGUACCAGUAUUUCCUCCAGCUCAAACAGGACAUCCUGACUGGAAGACUGCCCUGUCCACACAACACUGCCGCACUCCUGGCGUCCUAUGCUGUUCAAUCUGAGUUGGGAGACUACAGUGACUCGGAUCAUGCUCCUGGAUACCUCUCAGAGUUCUGCUUCAUCCCCAACCCACCACAAGGGUUCCACAAGGAGGUCACCAAACACCACCAACAGCACAGUGGUCUGUCUUCUGCCCAGUCAGAGUUUAAUUACCUGAACACAGCACGGACGCUGGAGCUGUACGGAGUGGAGUUGCACUAUGCAAGGGAUCAACGCAACACUGAGAUUUUAAUUGGGGUGAUGUCAGCAGGGAUCGUGGUUUACAAGAACAGGGUACGAAUCAACUGCUUUCCCUGGUUGAAGAUUGUGAAAAUAUUGUUCAAGUGCAAACAGUUCUUCGUUCAGCUCAGGAGAGAAGUGAAUGAGACGAGGGAGACCUUGCUGGGGUUUAACAUGGUGAGCUACAGAGCCUGUAAGAACCUAUGGAAGACCUGUGUAGAGCAUCACACCUUCUUCCGUCUGGACCGGCCCGUUCCCCCUCAGAAGAACUUCUUUGCCCACUAUUUUACCCUGGGCUCCAAGUUUCGUUACUGCGGGAGGACCGAGGUGCAGUCGGUGCAGUAUGGCAAAGAGAAGGGGAUCAAGAACAGGGUGUUUGCCAGGUCUCCCAGUAAGCCCAUGGCCAGGAAGUUGAUGUGCGGGACAGACUGGGAGGCGGUGAGCAGGAACAGCCUAUCAGACGAGAGGCUGGAGACCCAGAGCCUGCCUACACGCUCCCCACCCGGUACCCCUAACCACCGGAACUCGUUGUUCGUACAGGAGGGGACGCGGAUGCGCCCGUUGUCGGUUGGGCACCUGGUGGACCACAUGAUCCACGCCUCGCCUAGUCUCCCCGUCUUCUCCAAUCACAAAUCAGCGUCCUCCACCCAGGCCAACUCUAUCAGUCUGGACUCCAGCCCCUCCCCAGAGACAGUAGAUGGUCGGCCCCCGGCCCUGCCUCCAAAACAGUCCAGGAAGAACCUGAGCCAGAUCAUCCAGGCCCACUCCCAGCAGAGUCUCCUUGACAACCACAUCAACGAGAUGUACGAUGUUCCCUUGGCAACCGACAAGACCACGUUGAAUGGUGUUGUCCCUCACGACAAUCUGGUCCUGGUCAAGAUGAGGCCAGAUGACAACAGACGAUUUGGCUUCAACGUCAAGGGUGGAGCUGAUCAGAAGGUGCCCGUCAUCGUGUCUCGUGUGGCCCCUGGGACAUCGGCUGACCUGUGUGUCCCUCGCCUGAACGAAGGUGACCAGGUGGUUCUGAUCAACGGUCGAGACAUCUCGGAGCACACUCACGACCAGGUGGUCAUGUUCAUCAAGGCCAGCUGUGAGAGCCACUCAGGAGAGCUCAUCUUAUUGGUCAGGCCCAAUGCCAUCUAUGACAUGGUGGAGGAGAAGCAGGAGACUGAGCCAGACUUCCAGUACAUCCCAGAGAAGUGUCCCCAGGACCCCAGUCAGCUGGACCAGGACGCCUGGAGGGACUCUAUGAACACCCUGAAGGAGGGUCUGGUCAGCGGGGAAGUACUAGCCCAGUUUGAUCAACUCUACCGGAAAAGUCCUGGAAUGACAAUGUUGUGUGCCAAAUUACCUCAAAACAUUUCCAAAAACCGCUACAGAGACAUCUCCCCCUAUGACGCUACACGGGUCAUUCUGAAAAGCACAGAUGACUACAUCAAUGCAAAUUACAUCAACAUGGAGAUCCCAGCAUCCAGCCUGAUCAACCGGUACAUUGCGUGCCAGGGCCCGCUGCCCAACACAUGCCCAGACUUCUGGCAGAUGACCUGGGAGCAGAGCUCCUCCAUGGUGGUCAUGCUCACCACCCAGGUGGAGAGGGGACGGGUAAAGUGUCAUCAGUACUGGCCCAACCCUGACAGCACUGCCUCGUACGGCCGCUUCCAGCUGGCCUGUCUCACCGAGGAGGGUAAUUCUGCCUUCCUGGUCCGAGACAUGACCCUGACUCACCUCGAGAGCGAGGAGGUCCGGGAGUUGACCCAGAUCCAGUACGUGGCCUGGCCGGACCAUGGCGUCCCCGAUGACUCCAUGGACUUCCUGGACUUUGUCAGCCUGGUGCGAAGCAAACGAGCCGGCAAGGAUGAGCCCAUGGUGGUCCACUGCAGCGCAGGGAUUGGCCGAACGGGAGUUCUCAUCACCAUGGAGACAGCGUUGUGCCUGAUGGAGUGCAGUCAGCCCAUCUAUCCAUUAGACAUAGUCAGAACCAUGAGGGACCAGAGAGCCAUGAUGAUUCAGACACCUAGCCAGUACAAGUUUGUGUGUGAAGCCAUCUUGAGGGUCUAUAAGGAAGGCCUGGUCAAACCCCUGAAGCCCACCCUUUACCAGAGAGAAGAAGAAAAUGGAGGAGAAGCAGUAGGAGAGGAGGAGGAAGAAGAGGAGGAAGAGGAUGUUAGCGUUAGUGUUAGCGCUAGUGUGACCAGUGUGACGAGUGAGACUAGCGCAACCAGCGAUUGCCCUGAACCCUGACCCCUUUGACCUGACCUGGGUCAGCGCAGCGCCAGGGAGGUGGAGCCCUGGUUGCCAUGCUUACCGCUAUGGGCCGAGGAGAGAACAAAGCACUGUUGCACUUUACGCCGUCAAAAAAA